AUGAAAGCUAAUCGUUUUAUAAUCCAUAAUCCUACUAUUGAAUCUUAUCAACUAGAGGAGUACUACAACCAUUUUAAAAGAAUGUAACAAAUAGAUAAAGAAAAAAUAAACAUCUAUAAAACAAUUGAAUAAAAUAAAAGUGCUACCAAUUCUCGAUUUUUGAUGCUUUAACACACAUCUAAAUUUAAUAAACAAUAAUAAUAAAAUGCAUAAGAUAAAUUAUAAAGAGUAUUUCUUAUCUCAUAAUUUAUAAGUUAUUGGAUGACAAAAUCGAAAGAAUAAAAGUAAGAGAAAAUCCAUAUUUUAACAUGAAUCGAUUUAGAAAACACUCCUAAACUGAUAUUAAAAGCACAAAUAAUACUUGUAAUAGUUCUUUAGAAAAUAUAAAUUUGAUCAAAAAAUUGCAAACACUCAAACCAAAUAUCUCAAAGAAGAACCUUGACAUCUAUUAUGAAAAAUAAUAGGAAUAUGGUAAUAGAUUGCGAAAAUUACCAAAACUUCCAGAUUUAGAUAAUAAAUCUCAUUAACAAUACUGA